AUGCCCAGCUAUACUCUCAGUAUCUGUUUCAUAAACACACACACGGGCGCGGGAGCAGCAGGUAGCGGUAAAUACAGCCUGGGUCGCUGCCUCUCCCCGCGCCCAGGAGCGCAUCCCUGCAGCGAGGGCGCAGUAGCUCUGAAUGGCAGGGCCUGCCCGCCUCGCCCCGCCGGGAAGACUCUCGCUGGGCCCCUGGCUGCUGGGCAUCGGGGAGAGGAACUUUCUCGCCUUCCCCUCCCAGGCUCAAGCCCGGGCACAAAGUUAAGCAGCCCGGGCCAGCCCACGCCGGAGGCUGCAGCGGGCGGGCGGGUCUGAGUCCGGCGCGUGGUGUUUAACAGCGGGCGCCUCUCUCCCCCCUUUCCCCCGGGCGUGUGCAGCGAGCAGCGGGUGCGUGGCAUGAACCUGGAGAGCAGCGAGUGCGGGAUGAGCUCGGUGAGCUGCGGCAACGGGAAGCUCCGCCAGUGGCUGAUUGACCAGAUCGACAGCGGCAAGUACCCGGGCCUGGUGUGGGAGAACGACGAGAAGAGCAUCUUCCGCAUCCCCUGGAAACACGCCGGCAAGCAGGACUACAACCGCGAGGAGGAUGCCGCCCUCUUCAAGGCUUGGGCUCUUUUUAAAGGAAAGUUCAGAGAGGGCAUUGAUAAACCAGAUCCCCCAACUUGGAAGACAAGGCUAAGGUGUGCUUUGAACAAGAGCAAUGACUUUGAAGAACUGGUUGAGAGAAGCCAGCUGGAUAUUUCUGAUCCAUAUAAAGUGUACAGAAUAGUGCCAGAAGGAGCUAAGAAAGGAGCAAAACAACUCAGCCUAGAGGAUCAACAGAUAAUGAUGAACCAUCCGUACACAAUGACUUCUCCUUACACUUCACUACAGGCUCAGGUGUCAAACUACAUGGUACCUCAUGAACGUAACUGGAGAGAUUUUGCCCCAGAGCAGCCACACCCUGACAUCCCCUACCAGUGCCCAAGUGUUCCUUUUGCAGCUCGCAGUCACCAUUGGCAAGGUCCUGCUUGUGAAAACGGUUGUCAGGUGACUGGAACCUUUUAUGCUUGUGCACCAUCUGAGUCACAGACUCCUGGGAUCCCAAUAGAGCCAAGCAUAAGGUCUGGUGAAGCUCUUGCACUAUCAGACUGUCGACUACACAUCUGUUUAUAUUACCGUGAAAUACUGGUGAAAGAGAUGACGACUUCAAGUCCUGAAGGCUGUAGAAUAUCUCAUGCCCAAAAUUAUGAGGUCAGCAGCUUGGAUCAAGUUAUCUUCCCCUAUCCAGAAGAUAAUGGCCAGAGGAAAAACAUAGAAAAAUUACUGAGCCACUUGGAACGAGGAGUAAUACUCUGGAUGGCACCUGAUGGGCUUUAUGCUAAGAGACUUUGUCAAAGCAGGAUCUACUGGGAUGGACCUCUGGCGUUAUGCAGUGACAGGCCAAAUAAACUGGAAAGAGAGCAGACCUGCAAACUUUUUGAUACUCAGCAAUUUUUAGCAGAACUGCAAGCUUUUGCCCACCAUGGACGUCCAUUGCCUAGAUUCCAGGUUGCUCUGUGUUUUGGAGAGGAAUUUCCAGACCCACAAAGACAGAGGAAGCUAAUUACAGCCCAUGUUGAGCCAAUGUUUGCAAGGCAGCUGUAUUACUUUGCUCAGCAAAACAGUGGACAUUUUCUGAGAGGCUAUGAUUUACCAGAACAUGUCACUAGUCCAGAGGAUUACCACAGAUCUAUUCGCCAUUCCUCCAUUCAAGAAUAAUCUCCUCAGAAGGAAUGUGUUUAAGGCUUUGUAAAGAUGAUGCAUAUUGGAAGAAAAGAGCUGGAUCACAUUUUGGGGAUCCAAAUCACAGCUGGAUUUAUUCAGGAAAACAAAGUCUCAGAGACUGGAAAAUGAACAACAGUAUUGUACAAUAGAAACGAUGAGGCUUCAAGAUUUGGAUGGUACAUUUCACAUAGAUUCUGCGGUUGCUGGGGAUAACUGUGAAAACUGACAAAAUGUUUGAUAUGUUUACAUUGUUUAAACAUUCUCCAUGGUUUGAGGAUGACUUCUUGCUGAAGACUUAAAUUCAGAGUUUACAGUGUUAUGAUAUUUGCAGAGCUAUUUAUUUGUGAUUACAAAUCUCAGGGCAGGGAAAUAUAUUGGCAGUAUUCCCAGCAUGAAGCUGUAGCUACUGUGGGAAAGGUAGCACACAAGUGGCCUACGCAUCUAUAAAUGUUCUGUUGUGAAUAGCUACAUAUGUAAGUGGUUAAGAAUUUAGAUUGCUAAGCGUGGUAAACUUUUUAUGCGUAUAUUCUUCUAUGAAAGUUUCAGUGUGUAUUUUUUUAAAAAAUCCAGUCCUAAUGAGAUAUAUAUUUUUAAUGCCUGACAUUUCUCUUCCAAGUGCAUUUUGUCAUUAUCACUGCUGUUAGUGGAUUGAUACUCAGAACAGCACUUAGAAGAGUUCUCUAGAUGGUAUAUUUGGGGUAGUACAUUGUGAAGGGUGGUCAUUUAACAUUGCAGAGUCAGCAGGCAACUGAUGCUUCUCUCUAACAAUCUCUAGAUCUGGGAGUUUUUGCUGUCUGUGUUGCAGGUGGGACCAUUGACUUAAAUUCUAGACCCUAGAAUAAAACAGGUUUUUGAGAAAAUAACUGUAAUCUUUGAUACUUAUUCUGUCAUAUAUGAUUCUUUUUUGGUGGUCAUGCUCACUGGCACAUAUAUGUAACAUGAAAUAGAUUUCCAAGGUACAGAUUUGGUAAAUAUUCACAAAAAGAGUCGUUGACUUACACAAGGUCAAAUUCUGCUCUUGGCUGUGCAGCUACAGCUCCCUUCCUUGUGUGCAGAAGACAGUGGGAGCCAUGUGUCCAAAGAAGAGCAGACUUUGGCCCAUAGCAUUAGUAGAGCUGGGAAUAUCUAGCCUAACUUUUGUUUUAAGAAGUAAAAAAAAAAAAAAAAAAAAAA